GAUAAGUCUACCGGGAAGAGCAACAAGAUAACUAUAACCAACGAGAAGGGUCGUCCCUCUCAGUUUGAUAUCGAUCGCAUGGUUGAUGAAGCUGAGAAGUAUAACGCUGAGGACGAGGCCAAUAAGAGGAGAAGGUUGAGGCUAAGAACGCUCUCGAGAAGAACACGCUGA